AUGGGGUCAAAGCCAUCAACAGAGGUUCCUCCACCUAAAACAGAGGUAAAGCAGCCGGUACCCGCUGCUGUGCAAGACGACGAUGAGCCGGAUGAGUGGGACAAGAGGAUAUUCAGUACUGGGUGUGCAGAGGAAAACGCGAAGAUGACGGAUUGUUACUACGAGAAGAAGGACUGGAGGGCUUGCAAAGAUGAGAAAUGCGCUGCCAUCCCCCAAGCCGCCACCAUCGACGACGUCGACCCGCAACUAGCCGCCCAAAUCCCCAUGCCCGGCGCCAACGGCGCAAACGGCUACACCAACGGCAACCCCUCAGCAGCCUUCACCGCAGCGCUCACCCGCGGCGGCAGCAACGGCGACGGCCCCGAGCAAUCCGCAAUCGACUGGUCGUCCUCCUUCCACGGUCUCUCGACAACAGCCUUCAGCCCCGAGACGGCGGCAGUUCUGAUGCAGCCGCUGGAUGCGAUUGAUAUUGAGAUCAAGCCGGAUGGGAUUAUUUAUCUUCCCGAGAUCAAGUACCGGCGGAUUUUGAACCGGGCGUUUGGACCGGGCGGGUGGGGGUUGGCGCCUAGGGGGGAACUGGUGGUGGGGGAGAAGGUGGUUACGAGGGAGUAUGCUUUGGUUGUGCAUGGCCGAUUUAUCGCCCAAGCCCGCGGCGAAUGCCAAUACUUCUCGGAAGAAACCAUCCCCACCGCCGGCGAAGGGUGCAAAUCCAACGCGCUGCUGCGCUGCUGCAAGGACCUGGGUAUCGCGUCCGAGCUGUGGGACCCACGCUUCAUCCGGACAUUCAAGAAGGCGCAUUGCCACGAGAUCUGGGUCGAGCAUAUUGUGAAUAAGAAGCGUCGGCAGGUGUGGACGCGCAAGGAUAGUGAUCCGGCGUAUCCUUAUGUUGUUGCGAAGGGGGCCGCGACGAGGUCGUAG